GUUCCGGGUUGGGUCAGUAAAGGUGAAUCACACGUUGCCUUUAUUCACAAUGGCAACGUCGUCGUUCGUGGCGUCAUACGAAUUUUAAACCGGGAGGGGAGACAGUACAGUCCCUUCCCACUAAGUUACAUCUUGCAGAUCGCCAUCGACGUUUCUGAGCACCCGAAGUCGGAGUCUUUGCCUACAAACGAAGCCAGAAAAUCAGAGCUGAAGGAACGUGACCGCCAGCACAGUGUGUCAGUAAGGGUGACUAAUCCGUACCUUGUUUCAUCAGACGGAUGCAAUACGAAGUAAAAGGGUGACUCUAUUUCAGUAUAGUCAGCAAUAUUCCAUUUUACCACCACAUGUGUAACGCUGACCUUUUUACGGAUCAAGACCGGACCGGAUUAUAGGACUACGUUUAUACCGAACGCCGAUCACCGUCUCACGUACUGUUGCUUUCCAACUCUUAUUCGGAAACGCAGUUUUUAUUACCAUCAAAGUAUUCGCGAAAGUUCCAGCUUAGAAUGCUGGAUAAUUAAGUCAUCUAAGUACAUGAUCAGGGAGCUCUGUUAUUUAUUCCACUUUAUGAACAGCGACUGAGCGGUUGUUUAGGUUCGCACGUGGUGGACACAAAGAACGCAAGAGACAAUAGUCAUUGUGUUAAUAGGAGUGUCUCAUCGUCUAUCUUUACUUCAACUCAUCACAUCGGACUUUAAGGGAUCGCGGUGAAAAAGAGAGACAACCAGCUUGCUCAGUUUUUAAACAUAAUCCUCUGGAGUAAGCGAAGAAAUUUGGGGAGAUAAACAAAAUAAAUUCCCACAUGAGCGUGCGACGCACAAGGCCAAGGCCGAUCAUAAUUCCAAAUGCUCGAAAGAAUGUGGACUUACAAACUCCACCCCACUUGGGGAAUCUUACCCCAGAUCUUCAGCCGAACAGCCCGCCCGUGUUCCCCUGUGCUACCCAGCACGAGGUGGCCAGGCUGGGCCAGUAUAUCCUCACUGAGCCUCUAGACGGAGAAGACGUAUACCAGGCAGUCAAUAUUCACACACACGAGAAAUUUAUUUGUAAAGUAUAUGAUAUCCAUGCGUAUCGCCAGCAGCUGCGAGCCUACUGGAGCGUGGACUACGAUGCUGACUGCAUCAACCACAUCACGGAAAUCAUCCUCGGCGAGACCAAAGCCUACGCAUUCUUUGAGAAAAACUUUGGUGACCUGCACACACACGUGCGUAAUGAACGUAAACUCAAAGAGCGAGAGGCCAAGAAGCUAUUUGCUCAAAUCGUGCGCGCUGUGCAGAGAUGCCACGAAAAUGGGAUCGUCCUGCGCGACCUGAAGCUGAGGAAGUUUGUGUUUCAAGAUGAAUUGAGGAAAAAAUUGAAGCUGGAGGGCCUGGAAGACUCUUUUGUCCUGGAGGAUGAAAAUGAUGACUCCAUGCGAGAUAAACAUGGUUGCCCGGCCUACGUCAGUCCAGAAAUACUGUGUGCCAACACGCCAUACUCAGGGAAAGCCGCCGAUAUGUGGUCGCUAGGCGUUAUCUUGUAUACCAUGCUGUUUGGACGCUAUCCAUUCCACGACACGGAGCCCAGCGCUCUGUUUCGCAAAAUUUUACGAGGACAGUAUAACGUACCUGAAACGGUAUCCUCCAAGGCACGCUGCCUGAUAAGGUCGCUGCUGAGGCAGGACCCCUCGGAGCGACUGACGGCCGACGAGGUGCUAAGACACCCGUGGUUCAGAACGGGAAGCACGUUUACAGUUUUGCAGAGGACGGAACGUAAAAACUUGGACCAGGAAGUUCCUGAUGUUUAUGUCGAAAGCGAUGAGGAUGAUGUGGACGAUGACUUUGCACCAGCCUUGUAGGCACAAAAAAACUAAAAAAAAAAAAAGGAAAAAUAAUUUUAAAAAGAGAAGGGGAGGAGACAGUAGAUAAAAUGUCUGAGGUGCGAGGCAGAGGACUCGAAUUGCCAGGUGCUCAUAGAAAUGAACAACUGAUUUCUGUUGCAGGAUAAGUUUGCUUUAAGGGCGGGCCCCAGUUAUGGACCAGAGCCUCUUGAUGAAUAAUGCCAUCUAGUGUUGAGAAGAUGGCCAGCGCCACCUACAGUCAGGGAUGGCCCAACUGUCACUCUUCCACCUUUGAAGUGACACAGGCAGCAAGUGGAGACAUAGACUCCUUUAUUUGACUGACUAACAUUCUUUUAAAUUACGAAAAAAAAAAUGACCACAUGGUCAAAGAAAAACUCAGAAAAAGAUCUCUAUAGCUUUGUCUGUCCUGGUUGUUUCUCCAACUAACGAACUCCUUACAGGUGUACUUCCUGGUUACUUGAGUUCAGCCAGAAUAGAUAAGACAUUAUUUACGUGUUAUAAAGCAGUGGAACAAAGUAGCAAUAUCUGGUUUAUUUGACCUUCACGACAUCUUACUGUCAACUACUUGAUGAAGCAGCAUAUUAGACUGAUUUAUUAGUUUACCAAUGUAAGGUGA